GGGAGGUAGGGCUAAUGGUCAGAGUCGAGGGGGCAAUGGAUUUUUUGUUAAGUUAGGGGUAGGGUUAUGAAAAAUAGAUUUAACCAGGUGAAAAUAAAUUGAUUUUUUAAAACCAGGUGGAGCCCUGGAAUUUGUUUUAAAAUCCAACACAACGAGCACCAUUACCCCCUCGCUAUACAUCGUACAGUCCCUAACAUGGCGUCGCUGGAUACGGUGUGAACGACUGCAUAUAGGAGAAAAUAGCGUGACUGUAUCGAGUACAAGAUUAGAGUUUCGCGGCCGAACCGGUAAACUGCUGAACUUCUCAUUUGCCGCCUCCACCGAUGAGGGACUAACAGCCACGCACGAGCUACGGGGGAACCAGCACGAUCGGUCAUUCAGAUCUCUCUCCUCCGAGUCGAGAAGAUCAUAACAGCAAAGGGGAAAGAUGAAGGGCUGCCUUAACUGUUUCCGCAAAAAGGAAGAAGAGGUGGAGAGGAAGAUUAGAACGAAUGACUUGGAGUACAAUAAACAGUUCGGCUAUGCGAGUAAUUACAUCAGCACAUCAAAGUACAAUGUUUUCACCUUCCUGCCUAUCAACCUGUUUGAGCAGCUGCAAAGGGUGGCAAACGCUUACUUUGUGAUCUUGCUCAUCUUGCAGGUCAUACCAGCAAUCUCAUCCCUAACACCAGUCACCACUGCAGUUCCAUUGGUCAUUGUGCUCUCCAUCACAGCUCUCAAAGAUUUAGUGGAUGAUGUUAGACGUCACCAAAGUGACAACUUAGUAAAUAACAGGAAGUCCCAAGUUCUCCGGAAUGGCGUUCUUACCGAAGAAAACUGGAUGAACGUACAAGUUGGAGACAUAAUUCGCAUGGAGAGUGACGCCUUUGUUGCGGCUGAUCUCUUGCUGCUAUCCACAUCUGAACCUCAUGGCCUUUGUUACAUUGAAACAGCAGAGCUAGAUGGGGAGACUAACUUGAAGUGCAGACAGGCUCUGGUGGAGACAGCUGAGUUAGGAGAUGACAUCCACAGUCUGGGGCAGUUCAAUGGCCACAUCACCUGUGAGCCUCCAAACAACAAGCUGGACAAGUUUGAGGGAACCCUGGAGUGGAACGGGGAGAAGUUCUCCCUCUGCAACGACCAGAUCCUGCUGCGCGGCUGCGUGCUGCGGAACACCCAGUGGUGCUACGGUGUGGUCGUGUUCGCCGGGCAGGACACCAAGCUGAUGAUGAACAGCGGGCAGUCCAGGUUCAAACGGACGCACAUCGACCAGCUGAUGAACGUCAUUGUUCUCUGGAUCUUUGGUUUCCUUGUGUGCAUGGCACUCAUAUGUGCUAUAGCCUGUGGGGUUUGGGAAUCAUAUGUUGGGCAGUACUUCAGAGCUUACCUGCCGUGGGAGGUGUUUACAAACAACCCUGCAGAAAUUGCAGCUUUAGUGUUCCUGUCCUACAUCAUCAUCCUCAACACUGUGGUGCCCAUCUCUUUAUAUGUCAGUGUUGAGAUCAUUCGAAUGGGCCAUAGCCUCUUCAUCAACUGGGACAGCAAAAUGUACUACGCUGCCAAACACACCCCCGCCAAGGCUCGCACCACCACGCUAAACGAGGAGCUGGGGCAAAUCGAGUACGUCUUUUCCGACAAGACCGGAACGCUGACUCAGAACAUCAUGGCCUUCAACAAGUGUUCCAUCAAUGGGAAGCUAUACGGAGAUGUGUAUGACAAGGAUGGCAACCCCAUGGAUAUAACUGAGUUCACCAAGAAAGUGGACUUCUCUGGGAACGUGUAUUCUGAUAAGAGCUUCACGUUCUAUGACCAGACCCUGUUGGAUGACAUCAAUAAAGGAGACGAAAAUGUGACCAACUUUUUCCGCCUCCUGGCUCUCUGUCACACGGUCAUGCCUGAGGAAAAGAAUGGACUGCUUGAGUAUCAGGCACAGUCCCCAGAUGAAGGAGCCCUGGUGUCUGCAGCUAAAAACUUUGGCACUGUCUUUCUGGCACGUACUCCUAACACCAUCACCAUCAAGGACCAGGAUAAGGAGGUCACCUAUGAGCUUCUCCACAUCCUUGACUUUAACAACGUCCGCAAAAGAAUGUCGGUGAUUGUUAGGACUACUGAUGGGAAGCUGCUGCUGCUGUGUAAAGGUGCAGACUCCAUCAUCUAUGAACACCUCAGUCAGAACUGCUCCGACCUGCAGGCAGUAACCACCGAGCACCUCAACAAAUUUGCUUGUGAUGGUCUCCGGACACUAUGUUUGGCUUCAAAAGAGCUGGACCCAAACUAUUAUGAGGAGUGGAAAUCCAGGCAUCAUGAAGCUAGCACUUCUUUGGAAGAUCGUGAUGAAAAGCUUGACGUAGUGUAUGAGGAGAUAGAACAGGAUAUGAUGCUCCUGGGGGCCACUGCUAUAGAGGACAAACUACAAGAUGGAGUACCUGACACAAUUGCUAAUCUGGCUGAUGCAAACAUGAAAAUUUGGGUUCUCACAGGAGACAAACAAGAAACUGCCAUCAACAUCGGUUACUCCUGUAACAUGCUGACUGAUGAGAUGGAGGACGUGUUCAUCGUGGGAGCUCACUCCAAGGAGGAGGUCCGCGUCGAGCUGGCCAACGCCUUCAAGAAGAUCAAAGACAUGGUGGGGUGCAGGGAAGUCAUGAUCAAGGACCCCAGAGCCACCAGCAUGGUCGACAUGGGCGACAAGGAGUUCGCCCUGGUCAUCAACGGACACAGCUUAGUGUAUGCCCUGGAGAAGGAGAUGGAGAUUGAGUUCCUGAAUGUGGCGUCCCUGUCUAAGGCUGUGAUCUGCUGUCGGGUCACCCCCCUACAGAAGGCCCUGGUGGUGGAGCUGGUCAAGAAGCACAAACAGGCCGUCACCCUGGCCAUAGGCGACGGGGCCAAUGAUGUCAGCAUGAUCAAAGCUGCCCAUAUCGGAGUUGGCAUCAGCGGCCAGGAGGGAAUGCAGGCAGUUCUGGCCAGUGACUUUUCCUUCGCCCAGUUCAGGUAUCUGGAGCGGUUGCUACUGGUCCAUGGUCGCUGGUCCUACUACAGAAUGUGCAAGUUUCUCAAGUACUUCUUCUACAAGAACUUUGCCUUCACCCUCUGUCACUUCUGGUAUUCUUUCUUUGUGGGAUUUUCUGCACAGACUGUUUAUGACCAGUGGUUCAUCACUUUCUACAACAUCAUGUACACAUCCUUGCCUGUUUUGGCCAUGGCCCUCUUUGAUCAGGAUGUGAAUGAAGACAAUUGUGUCAAGUACCCCAAGCUGUACGUGCCAGGGCAGUACAACCUCUUCUUCAACAAGAAGAUUUUCCUUAUCAGCCUGCUGCACGGCGUCCUGACGUCUCUGGCCCUGUUCUUCAUCCCGUACGGCGCCGUGUGUGAGGCCAUGAGGAGCGACGGGAAGGACUUUGAGUCUCACCAGGUGUUUGGUCUGACCAUCGGAACAGCACUGGUUAUUACAGUCAGUCUACAGAUUGGUUUGGACACAGCAUACUGGACAGGGAUCAACCAUUUCUUCAUCUGGGGGAGUAUCGCCUGGUACUUCGGCGCCAGCCUCAUCGUGUACAGCGACGGCCUGUACAAGCUGGCCCAGUUCCCGUUCGUGGGUGUGGCGAGGAACGUGCUGAGCCAGCCCACGCUGUGGUUCACGGUGCUGCUGACCGUGCUGGUCUGCCUGCUGCCUGUCGUCGCCAUCAGGUUCCUCAUGAGAGACCUCAGGCCAACACUGUCAGACAGGAUACGGCUGGCACAGCAACUGUCCAAGACCAGCAAGCGCACCACUUCUCAGCUGCUGCGACGGAAGUCCUCCCGUCUGUCCCACCGCCCCAGCUCCAGGAGAUCUGGCUAUGCAUUCGCCCACCAGGAGGGCUUCGGCAGGCUAAUCACAUCUGGCACCAUCAAGAUGAGACAGAAGAAAAUAGGCCAAAGGUUGUCAGAACAUAAUCUAAAGGAGCGAGCUUCAGCUGAAGACUUACAGUAUGACGUUUAAAAAGAAGUCUUCACUCUACCAACUUCAGAAUCUACAGCUCUUCAAUUGUUAGCUUCAAAUUGAAAAAAAAACAACUUUGCAAGCCUUGAGAUCUCUAGAAUUUGUAAUUGUAUAGAAUAUUUCGAUUUUCCCCAUUUUAUAGUAGAUUA